GGGACCCGGCCAAACCUGCUUCACCCCCGUGCCCCGUGCUUUCUUGAUCAUGCUAUACUGUAUCACACUUGAUAAGAAUAUAUGUUUCAAAUUUAGUAUUUCAGACUGUGAAAAAGGUGGAACUUAAGAAUGGUGUGGCGCAUCUUCAGAACCGAGACAUGUCCUUGAUGGAAGAUUUUUGCCUUUUUAUUGUGCAGGAAGUAAGUUAAAAUGUAUGUUCAUUAAGUUUUCUUUAAAAGAAAGGUACAGAAUUUUACUGCUGGUAAAUAAAAACAGACCUCAUAUAGCACAUCAUUUUCUAGGCAUGUGUUUUCAGCUCACUGCGAACAUCAGCAGAGCCAUAGAGUUCGACACAAAAGCAAACAACCCUGAAUCACGUUGUAAAACCGACAGCAUUCAAUCCGAACCUUGAACCGCGACCAGUCAGAUCCAGAAAGCUGAGAUACUGUGGGUCCCAGGGCUUCGCUCAGCAGCUGACUCUUCUCACAACUUUUCUCAGGAAUGUAACUUAUUAAUACAAAUAAGAUAAGAUGGAAAUAGACUAGUUUGUUUAGCUGGAGGUGUGUGUGUGUGUGUGUAUAUAUGCUGUAUAUAUAUAUAUAUAUAUAUAUACAGUAUAUAUAUACUGUAUAUAUAAGUCUAGUCCAUCUUGCACUUCCCUCUGUAUGUGUAUGUUGUAUCAGGAUGGCGCUCCUUCUCUUCACGUUGCUCUCCGUACUCUCCACGCUGGCUCCCGCGCUGUGUGACUUGGAGGAGAUGCCCUUUGUGGAGCCUGCAGGAAGGCGCUUUGCUGGAAGGAGCAACUACACCAUCCUCACUGUGCCCAACGGGGAGCAGUUUGGGAACUGGACUUGGCCAGAGAUGUGUCCUGAGGGAUUCUACGCCGUGGGCUUCAGUCUCCGGGUGGAAUCAAAUCAGUACGGCUCGGAUGACACGGCUCUCAACGGCAUUCGUCUCUUCUGCUCCCGGCCUGGAGACAGAAGCUACCUGUACUUUGUCGAGUCUCACACUGGAUACUUCGGUGACUGGACUGAUCCUCAGUGGUGUCCCGGUUCCGGCAUCCUGAAGUCCUUCCAGCUGCGCGUCGAACCUCACCUGGGCCUUUUUGGGGACGACACCUCGGCCAACAACAUCCGCUUCCGCUGCAGCACCAACCCCACGCUGCAGGGCCAAGGCAUGGACUGGGGCGAGUAUGGCCAGUGGAGCGAAGAGUGCAACACGGGGGGCAUCUGUGGCCUGGAGACCAAGAUGGAGGUCUACCAGUAUGCGCUGGAUGACUCCUCGCUCAACGACGUGCGCUUCCACUGCUGUUUCUAGAGCCAGAGGAGGAAGGUGAGACUCAUGUUCUAA